CCUCAGGCUCGAACCUCGCCCUUCUGCGCCAUCUCGCCUUGCAAAACGUGGUGCUCAUUUCCUCGACUCUGCGCAAUCUCGUCGACCGCUUUAUACCAUGCGGCGAUCAUGCAAAUGCCGUUUUAAGCCGCCCCACUUCGACGUUUCAUCCAUACCCGCGCGCGCCUUGUCGCCUAGACUCUCAUCUCGACAGCCCCGACUGUGUUCCCACACUUCGACAGAGCAAACGAAACUUUGCUGUUUGCUACACAUCGAUUGUCAUUCGAGUGCGAUUGCAGUUAUGACCAAUACCGCACAAAUCGGCCGAAAGGGUUGAAAUCCCUUUCUGAACAAUGUGCAUCAUGAUGAGACCUUCAUCUGUCACUAAGAUUACG